GCUGUUAGAAUGUAUAGGAAACGGUAGAGGAGCAUGGCAUUCAUGCAGGCAGCAUCAGAGGGUGGCAACCUUGUGGCGUUCAAGUACGGCGACGUGAGGAGGGCGACCAAGAACUUCUCGGAGAAGAUCGGCGGCGGCAGCUUCGGGUCAGUGUACAAGGGGACGCUGCCCGGCGGCGGGGUGGCCAUCGCGGUGAAGAAGCUCGAGGGCCGCCUCUGCGUGGGGGAGAAGCAGUUCCGGAACGAGGUGCGCACCAUCGGCGUGAUCCAGCACGUCAACCUCGUCCGCCUCCGCGGCUUCUCCUCCCGCGGCGGCGACCGGCUGCUCGUCUACGACCACAUGCCCAACGGCUCGCUGGACAAGGUGCUCUUCGGGGGAUCGCCGGCGCUGAGCUGGCGCGCGAGGUUCCAGAUCGCGCUCGGCGCGGCGCGGGGCCUGCUGUACCUCCACGAGGGGUGCCGGGACUGCAUCAUCCACUGCGACAUCAAGCCGGAGAACAUCCUGCUCGACAAGGAUCUCGUGCCCAAGGUUGCCGACUUCGGCCUUGCGAAGCUGCUGGCGAGGGACUUCAGCAGGGUCCUCACCACGGUGCGUGGCACCAUCGGCUACCUCGCGCCGGAGUGGAUCUCCGGCGUGCCGAUCACCGUCAAGGCCGACGUGUACAGCUACGGGAUGGUGCUGCUGGAGAUCGUCUCCGGCCGCCGGAACGCGCGGUGCUGGCCGGCCACGGAGCAGGACCCGUCGCUGUCGGGGUACUUCCCGCUGGUGGCCGCGAGGAAGGUCAGCCGAGGGGAGGCGCUCGACGGGCUGCCGGACGAGCGGCUGCGCGGCGACGCGGACCUGCGGGAGCUGGAGCGCGCGUGCAGGGUGGCCUGCUGGUGCGUGCAGGACGACGAGGUGCGCCGGCCGACGAUGGAGCAGGUGGCGCAGGCGCUGGAGGGGGUCGUCGCCCUGGACGUGCCGCCGGUUCCGACGUCGUUGCAGGCCUUGGGUGAAGGUUCCGCCUUUCUGAUGGGUGCGCGUACCAGCGCAUACAUUGGUGACUUCUCGCGAUACCAUCUACAGGACAGUUCUUAGUUUGGCCCUAGCCCUUUUCAGUGCAAAUCUCAGGAGUUGUGCUUGUAAAAAUGUACCUGUGGUUUUUUUUUUAUCCCCGUCGUUGGUAUUUUGAAAAUAAAAUCCUAAAAUUAUCAUUACAAUAAGUGCUAGAACAAAUUUACUUCCA